UUACUGAGGUCAACGGUCAAUAGCUCUGCUAUUUCUGGAUGCCCUAUAUCUCUCUCUUUUGAAAAAUAUCUGAAGUCCCAAUUCAUUUCCACAAAACAAAAACGCUAAAGAAUAAUGGACGGCUUUGAUCGGCUACCGGAUUCUCUAAUCGUCCUGAUCUUCAAUUCUGUCUCCCAUAUUAAAACCCUAAUACGAUGUCGUUCCGUCUCGAAACGCUUCAAUUCCCUUGUGCCUCAAACAGAAUCUCUCCUUCUCACCGUCGACCGCGUUAUAUCGACGGAAUCCGACACCGAAAUUCUCCUCCUCGCCUUCCUGAAAUCUCUCCUCAAAUCCAUCCACGACCUCUUCAAGCCUGACGAGGAAAAGCCGAUACAAAAUGUAAACCUAACACAAAACACUCCGGCUCAAAUCUUAUCCCGGUUCGAGCGGAUCCGUGACCUGGAAAUCGAGUUACCAGCCGGAGACCUGAAAUUAGAGAAAGGCGUAGUGAUAAAAUGGAGAGCAGAGUACGGCAAAACUUUAAAGAGUUGCGUGAUUAUGGGAUUCCGCACGAGAAAUUCGGACGAUUUUGAUCUAAAAGCGAGAGUAGUGUGGACAAUAAGUGCAUUAAUCGCGGCAUCAGCGAGGCAUUAUUUAUUAAAAGAUGUAGUGAGAGAGCACGAGGAGAUGGAGAGAUUGGUGUUGAAGGAUAAAGAUGAGGAAGGGACGGUGGUGAUGGAGAAAGAUGAUUUGAGAGAGUGUAGAAUUGACAUGGCGGCACGUGGUAAGGACGAGUGGGAGUGGCAGGCCAGGAGGACGGUGGUGCCUAGCGUCAGGAUGAGGGUGAGGCAUGAGACUAGGGUGAGGUUGAGUGAUGGGACUUGGCUGGAGGGCGCCACGCUGGUCGUCGUUAGACCUUGUGUGGCUGAUGCCGACGUGGAGGACGCUGAGUUGGCAAUGGAUGCCUUUGGUGGUGAGGUUUAUGGAGAGGCUGUCAAGUUACUCCUGAAGACUAAGAGUUACGUUCUGGAAAUGAACUCGUUUUGAUCGAGCUUGUAACUCUCUGCAUAUGCUCUUCUCCCUUCUCGUAAAUAGUGUUCUAUUUUCUUUGUAUUUAAGAAAGAAAGAAAGUAGUGAUUAGCAAUCCACUUUUGAUUAUCGAACUGUUUAUUUAAUGUGUUAAUACUUGGGGAAUA